AUGGCUACCGCUGCAGUCCUCGCUCCCCACGACGUCCCGACCACGCUCAACUACUACAAAGCAAUCGGCAAUGAGCCUGCCUACCAGUACGUGAGCUCUCCGCCCGAGGGCAAGCCUCGAAACAACCUCGACAACGACUCGCAUCCCGCUGUCAUCCACGACCUGCGCGGCAAGGAGGACACCGUCUCCCUCGACACCACCGGCUUUCAGUUCGUCAACUACCCCAGUGCGGAGAAGGAGUUUGUCGACGAAGAGGCGAUCACGACGAAGUACUAUGCAGAGGUGGAGGAUUUGUUGAAGAAGUUCACGGGCGGGAAGCGUGUCUUCAUCUUUGACCACACUAUCAGGCGCAAGCCUCAGGAUAACCCCGACCGGGAUGGUCUGGCUCGUGGCCCAGUGGAACGUGUCCACAUCGACCAGACGUUUCAGGCGAGCAUUAAUCGCGUGCACUACCACCUCGGGGACGAGGCGGAGCGCCUGCUGCAGGGCCGCGUCCGCAUCAUCAACGUCUGGCGGCCGAUCGGAGCCCCCGUCGCGCACAAGCCGCUCGCCGUCUCGGACUGGCGCAAGCUCGACCUGAACGACCUCGUCCCCACCCGCCUUAUCUACCCGCACCGCGAGGGUAGCACCUUCAGCGUGCGCUACAACCCGAACCACCGCUGGCACUACCUCUCCGGCCAGACCCCCGACGAGGUGCUGCUUAUCAAGUGCUAUGACUCCUUCGAGGAUCGCGCCCGCCUGACGCCCCACACUGCGUUCACGGAUAAGUCGAGCCCGCCGGAGGCGCCAACUCGAGAGUCGAUCGAAGUGAGGGUGCUGGUGUUCGACAACGAGUAG